ACUAAAUACAUAUACUCUCCGACGUGCUCCGCCGAUCUGUAUCUGUAGUGUUUUUGGGAUUACUAUGCGGUUCUUGGCGGAAAAUACUCGAAAGAAGAUUCACAGCCGUCGGGAAAAUAAGAAAAGCUCAUUGCAAGCAAUAUUAAGUGAAACAACCAAAAUAUGUGCACAACUUUAGUCCAUGUAUUUAUCCAAUACAUUCUACAAUUCCCAGUGUUCGAAAUAGAUUUCGCAUGCGCAUCUGUAUGUUUAUAAAUACACACAAUUAGUUAACAUAUGAGGAGAAAAGUGCAUUUACAGGAUAGCCCCUGCAUUCGAACCGACAACUGUUUACUAAAAAUCAUGCUGGCCAAUGGGUACCGCAUUGGGAAAGAACACAGGACUGAGAGUCAAUAUUAUGUGAACCCUAGUGUUAAAAAGAUUAUUGAAAAUGCUAAUAUUGCAGUCUUGCAUGCACAGUCGGAUUCCAGUAGCAUAGUUUUUUGCAGCUGCAAAUCGAUUACGAGUAUUAAAAAACGACAGAUUAUAGGUGGACAUUCAAGAUGCCCUUUUGUCAUGUACCGAUGUGUGGCACUAGCUGUGCUAUCCAUGCUUUUAAUCCUGGCAACUGCACACAGUGCUAGUAGUGAGCAGGAGCUAUUAGAACGCUCAAACAAUUCAUCAAGUGCCAGUGCUAGACCGGAAAUGAUUUUAUUGAGUAACAGAACAAAUACUCAAUCAAACACACUUUCAAGCGACAAUGCAUCAUCCACAACAAAACAAAUAAAGCCAGAGGAUCAUCAUCAAGAGGAUUCGGAUCCGCCUUCAAACCCAGUAAAAGUACAAACCAAACGGAAUACUAAAGGUUCAACUCUGCCAACAACAUCUAGAUCGGGGCCCUUCUCGAGUGUUCAAGGAGUAUCUAUGAAUCGAAAUUUAAUCAACAUUGAUAGUAUUUUACAGCGCCAAUUGCGCGAAAAAGCCAAGCAGGAUAGCUUGGAGUCGAUUAAGAUGCACAUACUCAUGCGGUUAAAUCUAAAAAAACUACCAAAUAUAACCAAACCUAUCUCAGUACCACAAAAUAUAUUAGAGGAUUUUUAUAAAGGUUAUAAUGCAUCUGUAACAAAUACAAUAUGGCGACGUAGGGAAUCCACAGGAGAAUCGCUAUCAGAAUCACCAAGUGUCCCUAAAAAACACGAGCAAACUACCAACACAAGCAGCGAUUUAGUGGCUGGUGAAUCCGACAUGAGCUUAUCUUCUCAAAUGCAAGGGGAUGAUGCUAAUGCUUUGAAUGAGUUUAAAUUGAUUUACAACACUGAAAUAGGAAUCCACGAAUAUCAAAACAUAAAACAAAAUUUCUUUAUGCAUAAUGAUGAUGAAUACGAGAGUAUUCUUUCACACAUAAGCAGCAUUUACGUGUUUCCUGAGCAGCUUCAACCACAUGUUCGACACAACCGUAAGACAGACGUUCUUCGGUUUAAAUUCGACAACAGUUACUCGGACAUAUCGUACGCUACACUGCAUUUAUAUCUGCGUGGUUGGGACUGGAUAAGCACCCAUCAGCCGGAACUCAUUGAGGAGAUUGAAAAUCAACAAAGUAAAGAUAUUGUUGUAGCUAUUCAUCGGGCAGUGCGGCGUGCAAAUAAUACAAGCUUUACUCACAAGGCCAAAAUGUUUGAAUUUCGCCAAAAAAUUCCAUCGGGACAAGGACAGUGGGUCAACGUUGACCUGAAACCUGUAUUCGGAGAUCGCGGGUCGAAUAAAUCUCAUGAAAUUCUUAUAAAAGGAGUAGAAUCCUGGAUGAAGCCUUUAGUUGUGACCACUGAUAAUACAUCGAAUAAUCCAUUAACGGUUCACAUAGAAAUUGGAUCACAAAAAAAGCAUCGACGGAAACGAAGCGUUUAUAUGGACUGUACUGAAAGUGAUCACGAUAUGCGAUGCUGUCGAUAUCCUCUCAAGGUGAACUUCACAAGUUUUGGAUGGCAUUUCGUUGUUGCACCUACGUCAUUUGAUGCAUACUUUUGCAGUGGCGACUGCAGAGUUGGAUACCUUGAGCAGUAUCCCCACACUCAUCUAGCCGCCUUAACGACGUCAGCCACGCCGUGCUGUUCGCCAACAAAAAUGAGUUCCUUAAGCUUGUUAUAUUUUGACGAUAACCACAACCUGGUUUUAAGUGUUAUACCAAAUAUGUCUGUAGAGGGAUGCAGCUGUUCCUAGCCAUCAAGUCGAACUUUUAUCUCGAUUUUUAUACCAAUCACCUAGAAUAAAAAAUAUAAUUUUAUGUACAUA